AUGGCAAAGACAAAAGGAAAUGAGAGUAUGAAGAAGAAGAAGAACCCAUUCAUGGAACCACCAAAGAAGCAAAUCAAGCUAGGGAGUAGUAGCUCCAAUGCAAGAGCAGCAAUACCAACUUCACCACAUUCCAUUGAUGCAAGUCAAGAACAUGUGGAGAGUCCAAGAAGAGAAGAUGAUUGGGCACUUGUAACCUUUGUUGGAGAACAAAUCCAAGACCCAAGAAAGUGCAAGAAGGCAAUGGAGAAGGUGAACAUCGAACCUUGUGUGAAGAUGGACACCCAAACCCUUGACCUUCUCAAGAUAAGAGAUGAUGUCACAUGGUACAUAAGGAAGCUAGGCUUGAGCAAGCUCUUCAAGCUAGAAUGUACUGGUGAUGGACUCCUACUCUUCAAGAUAGGCGAUGCCAAUGGGCGCAUCUCCAUCUCAGCUCUAUGCCAACUCUUUGGACUUCCCAAUGAGACAGCACAUGACUUCAAGGAGAACUCAAAGAGGAAACAAGCUGCCUUUGCUGAUUGGACACACUUUGCCAAUGAACCAUUCUUGCCUUCAAGAUCAAAGGUGUCUAGAAUCACCCAUCCAGCCAUUCGCUAUGUGCACCGCCUCAUCUCCACCACUUUCCAAUGCAAACAAGAAGCCAACAAGGUCACAACUGAUGAGUUCUACAUCCUCACCACACCAUUCAUCAAGCAUGAGUACAAGGCCAACCUUGGACUUUUGCUUGCCAAGACAUUCAUCAAUCAUGCAGUCAAGACUCAACGCCGCGUCCAAGAACGCCAUGUUCUCACUACUGGCAUGGCCGCGCAUCAAGCUCUAGACCGUGUUAACAAGCUGGAGAAGAUCGUGGAGUGCCAAUCUCGCUUCAUCUCACGCCUAUCCGUGUAG